AUGUGUGCAGGCUCGGCGCUGCGGCAGGAGCACCGGCACGAAUACGGGCAGCAGCUCCGGCAGGAAUUCCACCAGSAGUACCGCCGCUCGCUGGAGCGGGGUUUUGGCUCCACCGGGACCUGCCCCGACCCCGCCGUGGCGGAGCGGCUCCGGCAGCGGCUGCAGCAGGAGCCAGCGCUGCUGGGAGCCCUGCAGGAGGAUGCCYGGGCUGGCGCUGCGGGGCCUGGCCGCUGCUUUCCGGCUGCUGGAGCUGGCGGCCGUCAACCUCUACCUCUUCCCGUGGCGCCGGGAGUUCAGAACCAUCCAGGUGAGGCCCUGAGGUGGCACAGGGAUGCUGUGGGGGUACCCAGACACCUCCAGCCRUGCCUCCCGCUCUCCUUACAGACCUUCUCCGGUGCCUACGUGCACCUGCUGCGCCCGGCGCUCCCCGAAGCCGACCUGCUGCGGAGUUUGGGCCGACUGGGCUACGAGCAGCAGGACCAGCAUCGCCUGACUGUGGCCCGGCCACCUCCAGGGCCCGCGCUGAUCGCCGCCGCUGUCGGGUUCCUCGCCUGCCGGCUGGAGUGUGAGAUCCUGCAGCUGCAGCCGUGCCGGCCCCACGCCCAGGAGCUGCUGGAGGUGCGGCAUCGGGCCAGGGAUGGCGAGAGUGGCCUGGAGAUGCUKCAGGACCSGGGGAYGCAGUGCAGGGCCACUGCUGACAGYRGUGACAGCGUCGAUCUCUACCGGGAGAUACCRGACAGCCCCGAGGACACGGGGGGUGAGGACACAGCCCCCCCAGCACUGAGGGACCUUCAGGAUGUGCCCACGAGGAGCUGGGGACACUGUGAGGGCRCUUUUGGGCCGGAGCCUGUGGGCAGUGCUGACCUGGACACCUCCUCUCACCUCUUCCCAAAGCAGGAGCUGGURGGGGCUGGCAGAAGCCCCCAGGUGCCCCAGGAUUCCUCUCAGGACACCCCAGAGCUGCCCUGCUACCAGCUGCACUCGUGCCUGUGCCAGGGCAUGCUGCCCUCRUACUGCUGCAGCACCUGCAGGCAGCUGCACUCCGGGGGCUGUGCCGUGGGCCGUGCCUGCCGCAGCCGCCACCGCGGCCAGGAGCUGCGUGGGGAGCGACAGCAGCGCCUGUGGCUGCAGCGCACCGAGCUGGACAUGCUGCUGGCUGAGGGCUCUGCACCCCGCUCCUGACAGGGCUGGGCACAGCCACGGCUUGGCACAAGGACACUGGACUCAUCAGCACCCUGCAUGGCAGUGCCUGGGCUGCGUUCCGGGAGGAUGGGCACUGCUCCAGCCCUGACACUCCUGCUGUAAAUUAUUCUGUGCAUCAGUAAAGUAGCUGUCUCAGCAGGGCCUGUCCUAUCCUGGUGGGAGGGAGCAGGACCCCUGCUCAGGGGCAGGGCCUGCGGUGAAAUGUGCCUCCCAUGAGAGUGGCACCGGAUACAUUGAA